CGGGGGCAGGCGGCGAGCACGGGGCUGGCCCUGGCAGCACGUGGGGACACGAGGGGACAGCUGCCCACGGGGGCAGGACGAGGGCUGGGCUGUCCCCGAGCCGCCAGGGACAGGGUUAGGAGGGGACACAGCUGGACUUUGGCCACCGGGGCUGGGUUUGGAGCUUAAAGGCCCCCGAGAGGCUGCGUGGGGCGAGCUGGGCUCGGUGGCACGGAGCACCCGACCGUCCCCAUGGCUCGUGAGCCCCCCUGGGACCUCCUGCGCCCCCCCGACCUGGGGCAGGUGCCCUGAAAACGCAGGCGUUGGAGCCGAGCGGGAGGCAGGAGACCCGCGGGACCCCCCGCCAGCUGCUCCCCGAGCCAGGGCACGGCGGCAUCGCCCUGGAGUGGGGGGGCGCCGGGCGCUGCUGAGCCAUGGCGCUGCUCACCCACCUCCUGGCCUGCGUUUUUGGCACGGGGUCCUGGGUGGCCAUCAACGGGCUGUGGGUCGAGCUGCCCCUGCUGGUGAGGGUGCUGCCGGAGCAGUGGGACCUGCCCUCCUACAUCACCAUCAUCAUCCAGAUGGCCAACGUGGGGCCCCUCUUCGUCACCCUCAUGCACCGCUUCUGGCCCGGCUCGCUGAAGGAGGUGGCCGUCAUCUACGUGGUGGUGUCCCUGGGCGUCGUGGCCUGCCUGCUGCUGGCCUUCCUCUGGAACCAGACAUCCCUCAUCGCGGGGACGCCCCACAGCACCGCCUUCCUCAUCCUCACCUUCUUCCUGGCCCUGGUGGACUGCACCUCCUCCGUCACGUUCCUGCCCUUCAUGAUGCAGCUGGAGCCCCAGUACCUCACCACCUUCUUCAUCGGGGAAGGGCUCAGCGGGUUGAUCCCCGCUCUCAUCGCCCUGGGCCAGGGCUCCGGCAUCUCCAGCUGCGUCAACGUCACCCUCCCGGACAACGUCACCAACACGACGGGGAGCCCCGGCUUCCAGAUGGAGACUCGCUACUUGCCGGCCAAUUUCUCCACCCUCCUCUUCUUCCUCCUCAUGACUGGGAUGAUGGUGGCCUGCCUGGUGGCCUUCUUCUUCCUCGCCAGGCAGCCUAAAGUUUGGGAACUGUCCCAGCAGCAGCUCGUCCCCAGCACCAUCAUCCUCAGUUCCUUCGACCAGAUCCCCGAGGACGCAGCCGGCUCGGGGCGAGGCGGUGGCUACCCGUGCCCAAAGAAAACCAAGCGGCCCAUGGAGGACCCCCUGGAGACGGCGUCCCACCCGCUGGCCAAGCUCGCCUUCAUCUACCUCCUGAUCGCCUGGGUGAGCUCCCUGACCAACGGGGUCCUGCCGUCGGUGCAAUCCUACUCCUGCCUGCCCUACGGCAACACCGCCUACCACCUCUCGGCCACGCUCAGCUCCAUGGCCAACCCCCUCGCCUGCAUCGUGGCCAUGUUCCUGCCCAGCAGGUCCCUGGUCCUGCUGGGCGCCCUCACCUUGGCAGGGACAGCUUUUGGUGCCUACAACAUGGCCAUCGCCGUGAUGAGCCCCUGCCCGCUCCUGCAGCAGUCCCAGUGGGGCGACGUCGUCAUCGUCCUCUCCUGGGUGCUGUUCACCGGGACGCUGUCCUACGUGAAGGUGAUGGCCGGGGUGAUCCUGCGGAGCCGCAGCCACAGCGCGCUGGUGUGGUACGGGGCGCUGGAGCAGUUGGGGUCCCUGCUGGGCGCCCUGCUCAUGUUCCCCCUCGUCAACAUCUACGGUUUCUUCACCUCCGCCGACUACUGCAGCCUGCAGUGCCCGGCCUGAGCUCCUCGUCCUCUUCUCGGGUUCAAAUAGAAGGAGAUUGCUCAGUA